UGUCAACUUUAAAGUGCAUGUGCGGGGGUGUGUCGUCUGUGUUCGUCUGAGAAAAUAAAAAUAAAUCUACAAAAAUAAAAGCAAAUAUGUCUAUGAGUAAUUUAUCAGUAGACGGCGAGUUCCGUUACAUUAUUCAAUGGUUUAACGAAUGGAGUGAACUGCAACGCGACGAUUUCGUGUAUGUAUUUGUGGAGUAUCUCACGAGAGACACGUCCGAAGCUGGAAAUGGAGUCAGCACCUAUGUAAAUGGCGUCGUCAACUCUCUGGCCACGUCGGGUGUGCAGGAUAAGCCCAUGAGUCUCUUCCAAUGCCGAAUUAAACUAUUCCGUGAAUGGAGCCCCAAAUGGCCGAUUGAGUUCAAAUGCCAACUGCAAGAGAAAAUCAACGAGCUCGACCCAAAAGUUGGAGAAAAGAUCAUCAAUGAGCUGAAGACACCACAUGCCAUGCACAAUGGUGAUGUCUCUGUGCAGUUAAAUGUAAAUGGAACUAGCGGCAACGAGCACGCCGAAUUGGACCAAUCGACGCCAGAAACAGUAACAUUGACAAGCACAAUAGAAAUAGAGGCAGCAGCAGCUGCAGUUAAUGAUGCUAUUGGUCAGACUUUGGAGGCAGACAAUGAUAGCCAUUUGGCAGCAGUGUUACGUCAAGAGACGCCAGUUGAUGACGAUGAUGAUGAACAACAUCUAACGGGCAAUGAGUGCAAUGCCGAUACUAAUGGCACGCAUACGUCGUCGACAGCAGUGACAACAAUUGCGGUGAACACAACGUCGUUGUCCACAGCAGACGACGAGCAGAAGCAACACUCGCAGCCAGAGUUACAGCCGAUCAUCGAACCUGUAGAACAGGUCGAGAAUAACGUUUCGGGCAGUGUCAUUGUCUCGGUUACCGCAGCUGCGACUGAGGUAGUCCCGGUUGCAUAGAGACACGACGACAAGCACACGCUAUAAAAAAUAUAAAAAAGGCAUUUUGGAGCAUUAGGUCCCCUUCCCCUCAUACGCAUAAUUGUACGCCAUCAGAAUCAAUACAUUCCAUACAUACUUACCAUAUUUCUACAACUUACAACAUUUUAGCGUAAGCCAAGUUUCAUUUCAUGUCAAGUGCAUUUGUAUGUGUUUAAGUUAGCCGAUUUACUAAACGUGUUAGUAAGUUUUUAAGAAGAACAUACGAUCAAAAUAUAUACAUAUUUAUAGACUGCAACAAA